CUUGUGUGUUGCGUGAUGAGAGUUCGUAGUCGAGUCCACUAUGGUGCCCAGCGCAGGGCGAGAAACAUGGGAUCUUCAAAUGCGAAAUAGCUACCUCCGCAUGAGAGCCUGUCGGGGUGCAUUUCGCAUUUCCAACUGCGAGGGAACUUACGGGGCACCGAUAGAGAAUCCGGGGUUUGUUCGAGGGGUGUCUGUCCAAGAGAAGCCGCACCACGUACUCCGUACCAACCUGAUUCGGUGGGUUCGCGACGAGUUCAUUAAUGGCCGCGACGACACACUGCUAGUAAACGACUGGAUGUACGGAGUAUGUAAUGCGGGUAACGCACAAGCCGGUCUGGCCCGGGUCUAUUUCAAGGAUACAAUCCAAAUCGCGAGAGCAUGCGCCAGCGCAUCGCCAGGUUUGCCAGAAGCUGGCUGGCCCGGUCACGGUGGUUGGUCGGUGGCGGAAUACUUCUUGAUUGGGUCCAUAGACAUGGUGACGGGAUUAGAAGAAGAGCAGCUGUCCGAGGGCCACGACAGCGACCCCAAAUGCGACCGCCUCAAUGUGUGCUUUCUGGUGGGGAGGGAAGGGAGUUCGGCGUGCUGCUUCUGGGAAGCUGUACGAAGCGAUGCUGCAACAGCGAGCCUCGAGUCCGCUAGAUGCCACUUCGCGGUCGGGCUGAGGUCGCCUUGGAUUUUCCAUGAUAAUCCGACGAAUCCCACCAAGUUCAAACAGCUUGCCAUAACCGUUCCAACUUCGCUCGCCGAGUGUAGCAUCGAGCCGCAAGGCAGCACGGGCUAUAGCCGCCGACGAUGCCGCUGGAGCUGUACUUUUGACAUCGACAAGGCGCGUCAGGGACCGGCGGAUCUAGAGGGCCGGUCGAACACUGCGGUCCUAGCACCGGAGUGCGAUCGACUUGCUCACGACGGAGUGCCGCCAACCACGGGCUCUCAUUCGCCCAGUGCUUAA